UCAGUUUGUUGACAUCAUGGAGGGCAUAUUUGAAAAUUCAAGAGAGAGUUUAUGAACUUUUCUUCCAGUUUUAACAUUUGUAAGGAAGAUUAUAAGGGAAAAAAAUGGAUGAUGAGUUUGAGUUCACAGAUGAUGAAAUCCGAGAUGAAUUAUGUAAGCUAGGAUACAGGAGUAUUCCACAUGAAAGACUUCUAGAGUUUAAGAAAGAUUUACGAGUACUCAUACAACAUGAGAGAAGCAGACUCUCAAGGGACACAACUCUGUCCUCUCAAGUUCAAACAGAUGCUUCGGACUCUUUCUUAGGUCCCUCACACAGACAACCAGAAAACCCCCUGCCAGGUUACUUGGCUGCAGAGAAGGAAAACAGGCCACGACGAUAUGAUUAUGGGGAUCCCAUCCUAAGGAAGCCCCUCCCCUCAGAACCAAAUCAGGUACGGGGAGAUUUCGCCUUAUACGACAGUCGCCUCGACACGACAAAGGACGACAUGUCAGGAAAGCAUUUAAUAAAUAAUUUUUAUGAAAAAAAUUCUUACAGAAAAAGAACAGAUGGAUCAAAAGUAAUAGAUGAAUCUUUCACAGAGAGUGAAACAGGAAGUGUUCUUGACAUCAACGAGAGGCUGAGACUGUUAGGAAUAGAUACAGACAGACCACAGACGGCUCCUGCUGGAGAGCCUCCCUAUCGCCUGUCUCCAGAUGACCCAAGACCUGCAUCAGUUAUUUUGAGACCUUCGGAACAUCCCCACACAAGAAACAUACGCAAGUCUGACCCUGUGGCACGGUACCAACAGUUCCGGCAGUCAUGGAGUCAACAGCGAGCACCGGGAGAGAAGAAACAUAACCAGCUGAGGUGGAACAUCAGGGAACAAAUGCUGGCACAGGAUCAGGUCAUAGAAAAGAAACCACAAAAGGUAUUCAUUCCAAACAAGUAUGUGGUACCAACAGAUAAGCAGAGGAAAUCGCUCAGGUGGCAGAUACGUAUGGACUUGGCACAGGGUCAGAUGCCAGCUCAUGGCUUCUAUCAUGAAUACUGAAAAUGAUCUCAAGUGUUACUACAUGGAACUGUGACUGUCUCCCGUCCUUUUGUCUGAAUAGCGUAGCAAAAACAUUCCUGGCCUUUUAUACCAUUCAUGUCAAGUGGCCAUGAGACAUUUUGUUUGCAAAUUUUAUAGAUCUUUUUAUUACAGAACCCAUUUUCUUAAAACCUAGUAUGUUGUAAAAUAGAUGAUGUAUAUUUAUAAAGUGAGGGCUUUUAAAAGUUGAAUUUGCAUGGUACUUUUUAAUUUAGUAUCAUGUACAUUCUUGUAUAUAUUUUAUAUUAUUUCAUAAAUGUUGUAAAUAAACUCCUUUGACAACAC